AAGUGUACUUGUCGCCCUCUGCUGGAGGUUGCUGGUAUUUUAAGCGGCGUUUCUGCUCCUGUGCGCCAGAGGGCGACGUGAUUCACCGCGCAACUCAUUUAUUCAGCGUCGAAGAACUGAACUGAGACGCAAGAGAAACAUGGCGGCGUCCGUGAAAGCGGCGCAUGAGCUGCGGUCCAGAUCCCGGACGGACGAUGUUCUGAUUAACGAGGGGGUCGAGUUCAGUUCGCUGCUCCUCUCAAAACCCGUGCUUGAGGGUUUAUCUGCCUCUGGCUUUCAGAGACCGUCCCCCAUCCAGCUGAAGGCAAUCCCGCUGGGAAGAUGCGGACUCGAUCUUAUUGUUCAAGCCAAGUCUGGCACAGGAAAAACCUGUGUGUUCACCACUAUCGCUUUGGACUCUCUUAUUUUGGAAAACGCAACCACACAGGUGCUGGUUUUGGCCCCCACUCGGGAGAUAGCGGUGCAGAUUCAUGCUGUUGUCAUGACGAUAGGCAGUGCAAUGGAGGGCUUGGAGUGUCACGUGUUCAUCGGCGGCAGACCUAUCAGUCAAGACAAAGUUAAUCUGAAGAAAUGCCACAUUGCCAUUGGUUCACCAGGUCGCAUUAAGCAGUUGAUAGAGAUGGGAGCCCUGACUACAUCCUCUAUUCGCUUGUUUGUUUUGGAUGAGGCUGAUAAACUGCUGGAGGAUGACAGCAGCAGCAGCUUUCAAGAGCAGAUCAACUGGAUAUUCUCCUCUUUGCCAGCAAACAAACAAAUGUUGGCCCUCUCUGCCACCUACCCAGAAUCUUUAGCACAAUAUCUGUCAAGGUACAUGAGAGAGCCGACGUUUGUGCGACUGAACCCGACAGACCCCGGACUCCUUGGGCUGAAGCAAUACUAUAAAAUCGUGCCGUCUCAUUCAUUACCUCAUAAAGUCUUUGAGGAGAAGGUGCAGAGUCUCCUUGAACUCUUCAGCAAAAUCCCAUUUAACCAAGCGCUGGUGUUCUCAAACCUCCAUACAAGAGCUCAGCAUCUGGCUGAUAUCCUCUCCUCUAAAGGUUUGCCUGCGGUCUGCAUCUCAGGUGGUUUAAGUCAGGAUCAGAGGUUGGAGGCGAUGUGGAAGCUGAAACAGUAUCAGUGUCGAGUUUUAAUAUCCACUGAUCUGACCUCACGUGGUAUUGAUGCAGAGAAGGUGAACUUGGUGAUUAAUCUGGAUGUUCCUCAGGACUGGGAGACCUACAUGCACCGUAUUGGUCGUGCUGGACGUUUUGGCACUCUGGGGGUUGCUGUGACCUACUGUUGCUAUGGAGAGGAGGAGAACAAAAUGAUGGCCAUUGCUCAGAAAUGUUCUCUGAAUCUCACUCAUUUACCAGAUCCAAUCCCUGCAGGGAUCAUGGAAGAGGCUUGUGACUGGGAUGUGAUAAUUGAACCGCCUUCAAAACCCACUCCGAAAAUUCCUAAAAUUCCUAAACCAGAGAAGAAGAAACAAGAUAAAUCUGAAAAGCUUACACUGAAAUCGUCCAGAGAGCCUCGCAUCUCGACGGACAUCCCAGAAAGAACAACAGGUGAAACAUCCUACAGUGAAGCUGAAACCAAGGUUAAAAAGCACUCACCCAAACCUGGGAGGCAAAUGCCAUUACAGUCUGCUACAGACCUCCGGCAUGAAUCGACUCCUGCUCAAAAUGAGCAGAAUGCCACCCUUCCCAAAAUUCCUCCGCUAUCGUCUUUUAAGUUGCAUGCACUAAAAGCAAUGACUUUCAGUGAGGCUAUGGCAGAUUAUGAGAGUUUCAUAACAGAAGGUCCGGGAAGAUCUGUUGAAAUCAUUCGCCAAUAUGGAUUCAGUAGGUGUCGAGAUGCAGUUAAUGAUCAUCAUAACGGCCGUGAUGAUGAUGAUGACGAUGAUGAUGAUGGGGGUGAUAAUUAUAAGGCCUAUAAAUCAUAUGCUCUAGAAGAAUCGCACUCCCAUCAAGAUCUUCCUCCACCACAGGAGGUUUCAGAGUUGUCCUCUGAGCAGAAGAGUGUGUCAUCUGAUGAUUCAUCUUCAGAGUCUGAGAUGGAGGUGGAGAGUGAAUCAAGCUCUUCAGUCCCUGCUCGGUCUUCACAUCACACUCCUGCUCUUUCAGAUAAAAAGAAUGAUUCCUCUUUACCUUCAGCAAGCGCGUUACAACAGGCUAGCAGAAACAAGCAAAGGCCUGGUAAACCUCAAUGCCAGAAUCCUGGUAAACCUCAAUGCCAGAAUCCUGCUAAACCUCAAUGCCAGAAUCCUGCUAAACACCACAGCCUUCCCCAGAAACACCGGCCGGCCUCUAAAUCCAGCAGGAAGGCUGCCUCGGUGGGACAGAAGGGGAGGAAAAGGGAGACUGAUGAACUGGUAGAGGACGUGCCUGAGCAGGAUUACUGGAGUUCAUACAGAGCCUGGGUUGAAUAUUACAAUUCAUAUUAUCGCCAUUCACCCUAUAACUGGAUGACUGCGUUUUAUAUGAAUUCUGUCUACAUAAAAGAAAUGAUGAAGCACUAGAAAUGUUGCUAAGCAGAUGACUCUUGAGCUUUGUAAUGCUCACAUUUGCGUUGUAUUUUUUUUCUCUAAUAAAUAGUAAUUCUUAA